ACAAACUAAACAAGGCUUGAAACUGUUUCGCUCCUCGGGGACGCUAUUGUUAAACCUGGCUGAUUGACGUCAAAGAUUAUUCUAUUGGAAACAAUGUCUGAAUUAACCCCAAAAGGAAAAAAUUGUAUUUGACAAGAACUUCUGAGAAAUACCUUCAAGACGUCCUCGAAACACAUCCUUUGUGGGAAGUUUCUGCGUGAAGCUUGUGACAUCAGAUCUACGGCGUUGUCUGUACAUUGCACUUCACCAUCAUCGGGAAUACUUGCAAAUCCAUAGCUUGUAUAAUACCCCCAGCCCUCCCUCAAAGCACAGUUAAAGUGUAGUUUAUGAAUCGUUCUCAAAAACACGACAAAGGGGUGCAUGCAUCAAUGCCAAGAAAUUGUAUUAGGGAAACUUCACCCAAGGAAAAGGAUAUCUUUCUGUGGAGCAUGGAACCUCUUUCCAAGGAGGGAUGGUCACCUGGAAAUGGACCCUCAGCAUCCAGGGGCCAGCGCCCCUGUUGCUCUAAACUAAAGAUGUUUCUUGCAGCCUUAUCCUUUGCCUAUUUUGCUAAGGCCUUGUCUGGAAGCUACUUGAAAAGCACUAUAACUCAGCUGGAGAGACGGUUUGAUAUUCCCAGUUAUUUAAUUGGAGUUAUUGACGGAAGCUUCGAAAUAGGUAAUUUGCUGGUGAUAGCAUUCGUGAGUUACUUUGGAGCCAAACUACACAGACCAAAGAUCAUUGCCAUUGGCUGUUUCCUAAUGUCUAUUGGGACAUUCCUAAUUGCGAUGCCGCACUUCAUUAUUGGACGCUAUAAGUUCGAAACAUCAAUUAGAUCUUCAGUGAACUCAACCAAUAACCUAUCUCCAUGUCCAGCAAGCUCACCCGACCUUCUGCCUGCAGGCGACGGGACCCCCGGACUGCCCAGUACAGAAGGGUGUGUACGGGAGUCCAGCUUCUCCAUGUGGACCUAUGUUUUAUUGGGGAACGUUUUGCGUGGAAUCGGGGAGACCCCAGUGCAGCCGCUGGGAAUAUCAUACAUCGACGAUUAUGCCCGCGAGGAAAACGCAGCCUUCUACAUCGGAUGCGUUCAAACAAUCUCCAUAAUUGGUCCAGUUUUUGGCUAUUUACUGGGGUCUUUAUGUGCCAAAAUAUACGUAGACAUUGGAUUUGUUGACAUGGAGAGCAUCACCAUCACCCCGGGGGACGCUCGCUGGGUGGGGGCCUGGUGGCUGGGGUAUCUGAUUGCUGGCGUCAUCACCCUCUUCUCUGCCAUCCCUUUCUGGUUUCUGCCCAAGUCCCUGCCGGCGUCACCGUCCCAGCUGGAUGCCAAGUGCUCCCCGGAGCGGUCCUACUUCAUCAGUGACUCUCCACACAGAGAGGCCAAGUACAGGCCAGAGGAACCCACCAACUUUGUGGAAAUGGCAAAAGAAUUUCUACCGUCGUUGAGAAGCCUGUUGGGAAACCCUGUAUACUUCAUUUACCUGUGUGUGACUAUCAUCCAGUUCAACUCCCUGAUCGGCAUGGUCACUUACAAGCCCAAAUACAUAGAGCAACAUUACGGACAGUCGGCGUCGAAAGCAAACUUCCUGAUGGGUGUCAUCAAUAUCCCGGCAGUGGCCCUGGGGAUAUUCUCGGGGGGUGUGAUCAUGAAGAAGUUCAAGCUGAGUAUCAUGGGAGCGGCCAAGUUUGCAUUUGGAACCUCCCUCCUGGGCUACUUCCUGUCCCUCUUCUUCUUUGCCAUGGGCUGUGAGAACUCCAAGGUUGCAGGGAUAACCAUAUCUUACAAGGGAGUGGAUGGAAUAUCUUACCAUGAGAGGGCGCUGUUUGCAGACUGCAACUCUGGGUGCUUGUGUUCUGGGAAGGACUGGGACCCUGUGUGUGGGGAGAAUGGGAUGACCUACAUCUCCCCUUGUCUGGCUGGCUGUCAGUCCUCCAGCGGAUCUGGGAAAAGCACAGUGUUUGAGCACUGCAGGUGUGUGGCGGCGGCGGCGGCGGUGGCGGCGGCUGCAGCGAUUGGCUCGGCGCCCGGGAACCUCACUGCCGCGGUGGGCCACUGCCAGGCCCGGGAGGGCUGCGACCGGGUCUUCCCCUACUUCCUGGCCCUCUCCGUAAUCAGCUCCUUCAUCAUAUCGCUGGGCGGGACGCCCGGCUACGUGCUGCUCAUCAGAUGCAUCAAGCCUGAACUUAAAUCCUUCGCGCUGGGUCUACACACAUUGGCUACGAGAACCCUAGCGGGGAUCCCAGCUCCUAUAUAUUUUGGAGCGAUCAUUGACACCACGUGCCUGAAGUGGGGAUUUAAGAGGUGCGGAGGGAAAGGGGCCUGCAGGAUUUACAACACCACGGCCUACAGGAUAGUGUACCUGGGCCUCACGCUGGGCCUGCGGACCGCCUCCUUCCUCCUGUGCGUGCCGGGGUUCCUGUUGCUGCGGAAACACAUCAGGAAGGAGGAGAAGAGCGCUCUGGCCAACGGCGGGUCGGAGGCGGAGUCGCUGAGGAAGGAGGAGGCCAGCUCCCUCUCCCGCGACCAAUCCGCGCAGACCCCGGGGUGCGACCCGCACCGGGAGACGCGGUUGUGAUUCGCGCGGCGUUCCCGCGCGGUCGCCGAAGCGUGGCAGAAGUGCGGAAGAAAGCCCCGGGUCGCCCCGGACGCGUUUCAUAGGACAUAAAUUAUAUAUUUGUACAGGACCUGUGUAGAUUAUGUGCAAAUAAAACGAAAGUUGUUUUUAAUAUAAUUGAAAUAAUUUUUCUUGAAU